UUCUUCUUGCAGUCCCCGAAUGCGGGACUGCAAUGCAGUCCUUUAAUGAAACGUUACGUUUCAUUAAAAGAGCAAAACGCAACGUUUUAUUAAAUGCAAAGAAACCAAUCCCCAGAGGCAGGCCUCGGCUCCUUUCAGUGUUGUCUCUCAUUCAUUUCAGACCCCUUCAUCACCCAGACCAAGCCAAUCGCGCACGAAGCCCCCCAUCGCGCACGCACACGAACAGCGCCGUCGUCGUGCUGAAGCCCCCCAUCGCGCACGAACAGCGCCGUCGCCGUGCCCAAGCCCAUCGUGCAGUGCCGUCGCCAUCUCCGUCUACAUCGCGCAGCGUGGCCAUCUCCAUCUUGGGAAGGUCAUACUGCGAGUACUUUUUAUGGGCAGAUAUUGAAAUAGAAAAUGAAGGAAAAGUUGCGUGCGAAAGAGAGCGUCGUCUCCAAAAGAGAAAGGAAGAACUCCAAAAAUGGGAGGAAGAACUCCGAAAGAGGGAGGAAGAACUCCGAAAGAGGGAGGAAGAACUCCAACGUGCAAGGGUACAAAUGCAAAAAUUGAAAGAUGACAUCCAAAAUGAUCAGGAUGAGCUUCAUGGUGUAAUGAAAGAUAUUAAUCAUACAAGCAUACGACCCUGCGUGUAUUGGGGACUUGCAAUUCUAAUAUUUUGUUGUUGGAUAGGAUCAAGAACAGUUACAAAUUAGUAGCAGUGUAUAUCAAACUGUGUAAUGUUGUUAAGUAUGUUGUAAUAGAUAUGUUUACAACCUUUA